AUGUGUCCUCAGCUGUCCAUAUCACAAGCAGCAAGAAGUAAGUAAAAUACAAUUUUAAAACCAUUAUUGCGAUAUUUCAUAUACUGUGAAUAACUAUAUAUUCAACCAUCUGGAUACUGUAAUUUACUUGCUGUAAUGUCACCAGUAUCAAUGUGCAGACAUUGAAUGAAUGAUGCUGUGCACAUGAUUGGAUAUUGAUUUUUGUUUUUGUGUAUGAAUGAUUGUACUCAGUGCACAGCUACAAACUUAGUAUAUUUCCACUCAACUUUUAUUGUGUCCUGUUACCACAGCUACUUAUCGCAACAUAUAUAUUUCAGAACUUCUUCAUACUUCUAAUUUAGAUUGUCAUGUAACAAUGCUAAGGUCUGUGAUAUAGGUGUUAGUGUCAUGAUUUUAAUUGUCUCACCUUGAUCCUCAGCAUUGCUCUCUCUGUUACUGGUUGCUGCCAUUGAUUCAGUUAGUGCUGGAGUAGUAUGUAGGAAGCAACCGUGUGGGAGUUCCCUACAAAGAAGUUUGAAGCUAACCAAACUCAUACACAAGGAAUCUGUGGACCUCUUAAAAACAUACGUAAGUAGAAAAUUCAAGGCAUAAUAUUGUCCAGUAUUAUAGCCUCAUGUAGCAUGCAUAUGAAGGAAUCAUGCCCAGUCUAAUGGGAAAUGUAAAACUACUUUUAAGCUACAUUAUGGCCAAAUCAUAAUGGAUUAUAAGCUACCUGUUGGCUUUUGUAAAAGUGCUACCAAGAACUUCUACUAAUUUGAUAUUUUUUUCAUUGAUAUCCAGAAGGUCAGUCAAGGAGACAUGUCAGAGCUGUUCUGCCAGAUGUCAAUCAACAACGUUCCUGACCCAAACAUCUCUGGCCUUGAUCCCUCAGAGCGGAUGUUGAGCAUCUACUCCCACUGUAAGGCUUUCCUACCACACCUGAAGAGGGUCACUGAGCAACAGACAGACUUACAGCCACCCUCCAGCGCACUGCUGAGCAAACUCUCUACUGCCCAGAACCGCACCAAUGGUCUGGCCAAUCAAAUAAACUGCAUUUACCAAACCUUCUUUCCAAACCUGCCCAUCCCACCUGAACCUGUAGACGGACCGACUUCAGUACCCCCCUCCCAGAACGUGUUCCAGCAGAAGGUCUAUGGCUGUGUGGUUCUAAAGAGAUUCAAGGAGUUCCUGUCACGGGUCACACGUGAAUUAAGGACCCUAAAGAGCCAAGUGUGCACUAGGAGGACAUCAUUUGCAGACACAAAUGCACUGUUCUGA